CACUUCUCAAGUCUUAUAACCAAAAGAAGAGAGAAAAAUGGCUUCAUCAAAUCUAUUAGCGAUUAAGCUUUUUUCAUUCAUGGUGCUAUUCGCAAUAUCCCAUGCUCAAUCCUUUUCUCCAGGUCGGAAACUAUUGCAGUACAUUCCUACUACGAACUAUCCCCCGGAGCUGCCACCGGCGUACUCUCCUAUUCCGGAGCUGCCACCAUCGUACAGUCCAACUCCGGAGUUUCCACCGUCGUACAAUCUUGCUCCGGAGCUCCCUCCGUCGUAUUUUCCUACUUCGAAGUUCCCAUCAUCGUACACUCCAACUCCAGAGCUGCCACCAUCAUACACUCCAACUCCGAAGUUCCCACCGCCGUCGUACAACCCUACUCCUGAGUUCCCUCCGUCCUACACUCCAACUCCGGAGCUACCACCAUCGUACAUGCCUACACCAGAGCUUCCUCCGCCGCACUUUUCUGCUCCUUCUCCGGCGCCUUAUUAAUCCAAAUUAUGGCGGUCCAUGCGUGAGAAUUCAAAGUUCGUCACACUAUUACACAUGAAAUAAACAAGGAUAUUACUUUUACAAUUAUCAAAUAAAAUAUACUGUAUACUACAUUUUGAUCACUAUUUGCUAGUGAAUAAAGGAUGUUGCUCGGUAAUGUUUACCUUUUUUCUGAUUUGUAUAAGGUUAGAGCAACUCUAUUGGUGAGAUAGUAUUUCCAAAAAUGUUAAAUCAAUAAAA